UUGUUUAUGCGAAAAAAACGCACUUCUGACUUUUCAAAACAUCACACAAUGUCUGUCGUUUUAACACUGUGUUUGUUUGCGAUACUUGGAUUCGACUGGUCCUCGAGUUCACACUUUCGUGGAGCCACUAUCAUGUGGGAGCCAGAUUCAUCAGGGACUGCGAUUCAAAUUCAUUUUCGAAUAUCUUGGAGAAAAACAUUUUCUAUCGACUAUAAUUGUAACGACCUAACAAUCAGUAGAAGGACACUCAUCGGAACCGAUAACAUGACGUGUUUCUCUGGUUGUACCGGAUCGGUCGGAUCACUUAUGUUCCUGUGUACCGAUUAUAACGACAAAGAGGACUGGACCACUGGAAGGAAUACAAUAACAUACAAACCCGAUAGAGCCGACUUUACGUUCGGAUAUACAGGAGGAGCUUGGAUAUCUACACUUGUUUAUGGUUCGGAUAGCAAUUGGAGUUUACAAGCCACGGUGAACAUGACUCGCCGAUCAGAAACUGGACGGAUCAAUCGCUCCCCCACCGUCGACAUGGCACCUAUUGUAGUACUCAUCGCUGGUUGCAAAUACACUAUUCAAUUGCCCGUUGGUGAUGUUGAUGGGGACAUUGUCAGAUGCAGAUGGGCCACAACAUUUAAGGAAUGCGGAGGAAUUUGCAACGCAACACCUGAGGCGUACAUAAAUCAGACUGCAUGCACCAUAUCCUUCACGCCGUUGAAAAGCGGCUACUAUGCAGUGGCCGUCCAGGUGGAAGACUUUAGCAGUCGUAUGAGCACCACGCCUCUGAGCAGCAUACCUCUGCAGUUCCUGCUUCACGUUCCCCCAUGUGACAGGUGCACGUGCGACAGUGCUCCGCAGUUUGUGCCACCCACACCAGCGUCGGAUGAAUGUUACUCUAUAGACGUGGGUAACCAAUUUCAAGUGUCUAUUCGGGCGAGAAGUCGUUACAGUUUGCGAGGUUUCACAACAAUGACAGCUCUUGGAAUGAAACACUCUGUGGCGACAAAGACUUCUGACGGCACGUUUCACUACAUGUCUAUGAACGUCACGUGGACACCCUCGGUUGAUGACGGCGGCCGAGACCACAGUCUCUGUUUCUACGCAACCGACGACAACAAUGGAUUAAGCAGCACAAUACAGUGUAUAAGGAUCGCUGUAUCAGGUAGCAGCACUAUACAGUGUAUAAGGAUUGCUGUAUCAGGUAAGCAGCACUAUACAGUGUAUAAGGAUUGCUGUAUCAGGUAUGCAGCACUAUACAGUGUAUACGGAUUGCUGUAUCAGGUAAGCAGCACUAUACAGUGUGUAAGGAUUGCUGUAUCAGUUCGGGGCCCAAUGCCAGUACGAGCAGAAAGAGUUGGAUGUUCGAACUCAUGGAUCCUUGUCUUCGACCAACUGUUUCAAAGGCAAAAAUCAUCGGUAUUCAUUGAAGUGUACCAAACGUCCAUUGGAAAACUGGUAGAACGCUUCGAUGUCACGACAUCAAAGAACGUUGUUUAUGACGAAAAUAACAGGCGGAUGAACAUUACUCUAAGCUACACAUAUAAUAUUGAUACAGACUACCACGUGAACGUACCGUCUGGACUUGUGCAAGGUUACGUGAGCUGUGGAGCAAGGUCGGUGGCCAUUACAAAUACCUCGUUUUGGCAAAUCCAAUUAGACUGUGGAAUGUUGACGCUUGUUAACGGUUCGGUGGAUGCACCAAAUGGAACUUCCUAUCCGAAAAGCGUCACCCUCCGUUGCGAUCGCGGAUUUGAUUUAAUUGGAAACAAUGUCCGCCGAUGUCAGGCUAACAGAACAUGGUCUGGACAGAGUGUGUAUUGCCGGAUAAAGGAUUGUGGACCUUUGAACCAGCCGAACAAUGGAUGGAUAACAGUCAGUGCAACGACAUACAUGGGGCUUGCUACAUUCUCUUGCAACAGUGGCUCUGAUAUGGUUGGGAGUAAAACAUUGGUGUGCACGGAAAAUGGGACAUGGAAUGGAACACAACCGAUUUGUCGAAUAAAAAGAGCCUGUGGACCAUUGAACAAGCCCGCCAAUGGGAAUGUGACAGUCAUCUCAGCAUCCUAUCUGGGACUGUCUGUAUUCACCUGUGAUGUUGGCUACCGACUAGUUGGAAGCAAAAGCUUGGUUUGCCAGGCUGAUGGUACAUGGAAUGGCACAGUGCCGAUAUGUACUAUCAUAGAUUGUGGACCUUUGUACCAUCCGAUCAAUGGACGGAUGACAGUAAUUGCAACAACAUAUAUGGGGCUCUCAACAUUCUCUUGCAACGCGGGUUAUGAUAUUGUUGGGAGUAAAAACUUGGUGUGCAAGGCAGAUGGGAAUUGGAAUGACACAAUACCAACAUGUAAAAUCAAAGUGUGUGGGCCUUUGAAACAGCCAACCAAUGGGCGGAUGGCAGUAAACGCAUCAACGUAUUUGGGACUGUCCGUGUUCUCAUGCGACGACGGUUUCGAUCUUAUUGGAAGUGGAAGCUUGAUUUGCCAAGCAGAUGGUACUUGGAAUGGCACGGAGCCAACAUGUAGAAUCAAAGACUGUGGGUCACUGCGUAAGCCCGCCAACGGGAAUGUUACAAUACUCUCAACAACCGUUUUGGGACUGUCUAUAUUCACCUGCGAUGCCGGCUACCGACUAGUUGGAAGCAAAAGCUUGGUUUGCAAGGCUGAUGGGACCUGGAAUGGCACAGUACCAAUAUGUAGAAUUAUAGAGUGUGGGCCAUUGCAACAGCCGACCAAUGGGCAGAUGGCCGUCAACGCAUCAACGUAUUUGGGAAUUUCUGUGUUCUCAUGCGACCAAGGUUUUGAUCUUAUUGGAAGUGGAAGCUUAAUUUGCCAGGCAGAUGGUACAUGGAAUGGCAAUGAACCAACGUGUAGAAUCAAAGAUUGUGGUAAUGUGCCUGCGCCCACCAAUGGGUUUGUGUACCAGCCUCUGACGACAUACGGCUCUUACGCGUUGUGUUUAUGCAACGAAGGCUACGAGAUCGUACCAACAUGCAUUCCACCUGUACGCUUGUGUCUGGCCAACGGUACAUGGGGGUCCGCGACUCCUAGAUGCGAAAUUGCCGAGUGCUGCAGUCUACCUGCUCCAAAACACGGAUUCGUCGUCUACAACUCCACAGUAUAUGGUGCGACGGCUUCUGUUUUCUGUGAAAGUGGCUACGUCCUGAACGGCCCUAAAACGGUGACAUGCAAACAAGACAAACAAUGGUCCUUCGCCUCUCAUAGCUGCCAGAACCAGGACCCAGGAAAAUAAUAAUAAUGAAUGGAAAAUUAAAGCAAAGUUGCAUUUGAACAACAUGCUUAUCUCUUAAAUUUAAAAUGAAGAUAAUAAAAUAUACAAACAGUUUCACAACAAGAAAAUACGAAAACAUGUAUUUUUGUAACAUUUUAAUAGUAGCAGAUUCAAUUAUAAUAUAUCAAUGUUCUCCAUUAAGUCUUCAGACAAACACAUUUUAAUGUGAAUUCCCAAAAUGGAAACAAAUGCUGCCAAUAUGGCAACAUGUAUGUAUCGAUGAACUGACAGUUUACAUUUCAGGCGUACAAUUAAAACAGUCAAACAAACACUAGUUUACAAUGAAUAUAUGGUGUACAUAAUAAAAUUACCCUUUGUAUUAUUUUGCUACAUUCGAUCAUUUUUGGUGAAAUGCAUUAAAAUUAACUAAAAUUGCUUAAAGGAAGAAUGUUCAGUGUCCAUUUCUGCAUGUGAUUGCAAACAAUAAUUAAUGUUUGAAAUACAUCGUUAAUCGUAAAAAAUGCCGUAUAAAUUCGACGUUGAUACCUGAAUACGAGGGAGGGUUUCAAUACAAAAAUGUCAUUGACUAAAACGAUUAGAAUGACUUCACUUAUUCAUUUUUGUGCGAGGUAUUAGGGCACUGAACUCAGUAACGUGUAAUUACAUUUACGUCUAUAAGACUGAAACUAUAUUGUAUUCAAUUGCUUCGUUAACGUUCAUUAUACAUCAAAUUUAUUGCAUGUUUCUUCUGUGGGUUUUCAUUUUUGGAUAUAUAUUGAUAUAUGUCGUUUCUAAUUUUGCAUAUACAUGUAUAUCAUACCUAAGUCACCGGUCAUAGAAUGUAAGCAUCAUAGUACACCUAUUUUAUUGGUAUUGGUUUUUAUUUGCAUCACAUUUGAUUUUUUAAGUCCUAUCGCUGCUAAAAGUUGUGAGAUUAAGUAAUAAACAUGCACAUUAUGUAUUAGAAUGACGUAAUACUUUUGCUAUUAACAAAACAACACAGAUACGUGCUAUACUAAUAUUAAUUGGACACGUGCGGCCAUAAACUCGCUUGUUUAAUUAUUUUGUUAAGUAUAUUUCUCAACUUUGUAAUUGGUUAUCGCAAGACUUUGUUCUGUGCCCCUCAUAGACUUGUGUGGAAGUUUGAAUCGCUUAAUUCUUUCUAUAAUUAUGAUUCUUUUCAUAUUUGUAAAGAUAAUAUUCUAUAUCCUAAUGAAACAUGUUAACUUCGAUAUUCGGUGAUAAAAAUACACUUAGAUAUAGAAUACAUGGUAUUAUUUAAUUUGAAAUAUAACAUACUAGAUGCUUAACGGAUUUGUGAGCAGCAUCAACGAGAAUAAACUUUAUCGGGGUACGGUCGCCAUGUUUGUAAUCAUUCUGAUCUGAUUUUACGUAUACGUUGUUAUUUUAAUUACUGUCAAUAUUAUUGUAUAAUCUUCAGUUUGUGGGCCUUCUUUUUAUUAUCUUGUGUAUUUAAUAUAGUGUAAACAAAAUA